CAGUUGAUUGCGAUUGCAGGUCAAGCAAGAAGUGUUUGGGAAUUUUGUUUUAUUUAGUGUUUGUUUGUUUUAUUUGUCAGCGUGACAGUGAUGGUGUUCAACGACUGUUGGAGUUCGAAUUGUACUUGUUAGUGAUCAUUUUAUCAUCUAUUAUCUUGAAACUCUAAUAUUUAUGUUUGGGUGUUUAAAUUUACGAAAAGUUUUAAUUAUGUUGUUUUUAUUUUAUUUUUUAUUGGUGCAACUUCAAGUUGUUUAUUAAACGCUGUGGAACAUCAUUCUAUAACAUGAUUCAUUUGUAAACAAUUAAAUUUACAUAAUAUGUUAUGCUUACCAGACUUUUAGGGGCUAUAAAGUUUAAAAUAUCUAUUCGUAUAUUUAUUAAAUAUACUGCGAGUUGUAGUGUGUUGUUAGUUUUUUUUUUUUGUAGAAGCCCAUCUUCUGGCGAACGAGCAUUUGGUUCACCUGAUGUUGAUGUUCACCGGAGCUCAUGAAGAAUUAAAAGCGCAAGGGAAUUAGUAUGUGUGUUGUCGGAAUUUUAAAAAUAGUGGGCUAAUAGUAGUUUUUUGAAAAUCUCAAAGGAGGAAUGGUUUUAACGAACUCUGAUACGACACUACUAUACAUUUUAUCGAUUAAUGGUAAGGAACGAUUAGUUUAUUUUUAAAUAAACAAACGAGCUAACAGUCCAGCUGAUGGCAAGUGCCUCCCACAGCCCAUGGACACCUGCAAACACACACUCAGGCUACAGCCCAUAAAAGUCCCCAUAGAUUACCUCAUAGGGGGAUAUUUGCCAUAGUUCUCACGCAGACUUGUUGGCAACCACAUUUUUUGCUGCUAUCGGGAAGAUGCUGCUGCCCAUAUCCUGUUGUAGUUUCAUUGUCGCCUCUCACGAUGCCCACUUGGUGAUAUGGGAUAGAGUAUUCUCUGAUGUCACCACACUGCGAUGCCUCACUAAUUAUACUCGAUGUCUUACACUAAAUACUAGAACAAAGCAGUGGGCCAAUCCUGUUUGCUGUUUGGCAGCAGAAAUUGGUAAAAUUACUCCCAGACAAAAAGUUUUUUUUUUAAUAGGAUUAGGGUGACAAAGGAGCACACAGGCCACCUGAUGGUAAGUGGUUGCUGUGGCCCAAUAGACAUAUAAAUCUAUCCUCGAUUACGAAUCGAAAUGCAGAUGCGUAGUCACUCGUGGGAACUAAGAUGGAAUACCUCGCUUCCAGUAAAAAAGAGUCUCCGGUUCUCUACACUCACCAUACGAAACACAGCAGCGUUAAGCUGCUAUUUUACGCUGGUAUUCUGAGAGAGCGUGGUUCUUUCCCGGUCAAACCGACCCAUUCGUGCUACAACUAUACCAGUAAUAUAGCUACAGCAUGGCUCUACCACGUAUAAAAAAUCACUUUUCUACCACCAGCUACUCCUUUCGUAAUGAUGACUGGCGAAAUUGAGUAUCCAAACUGUCUUAGAACUGUCUGUCUGUAACAUUUAUUUUCCGGUGUCAGAAAUAGAUCAAUCUAACUGUCUGCUCUAACAACGUUGUUAAUGUUAUACAUCAUAAUCAUUUAACACAAUCUAGAUUCUGUGUGAGUCAGGUUGCGAACUAGAAUUUCUUAAAAAAACUCGGCGUUGUCUGAGUCACAGCAAGACUUCCUUUUGGCUUGUUUUUACUUUUCGACGCUUGACUACAAUUUCACCGGUGGUAAGCGGUGAUGAAACCCUGGAUGAUAAAUAAUCCUUUUUACUAGAAACAGGGCAUUCCAUCUUAGUGCUCAGACGUGGAAACGCAUCUGCAUUUUGAUUCUUAACCGAGGAUAUUUGUAGAUGUCUAUCCAAUUACACAGCAUCCAAUUACCAUCAAGUGUAGGUCGGAAAGAUAGAUGCUGGCAAUUUAUUUCUCUCCAUUGUUUUCGUUUUAGCGCUAAAAGUUAUUGCUUGUUCUUCUGGUCGUUUAUCCUCUAUGGUGACAGCUUUCACAUGUUCCUAAGUGCUAUACUGCGUAUGGGAUAUGUAGUGCUGUUGGCUGCCUAGUGGUUCCGGGAACCCGGGUUCGAAUCUCGAUCACGAAAUUAGUCUCGUAGUCAGGAGCAAAGAACAUAAAGCCGUUGGUCCUGCGUCUGUUCUCUCUGCGGUUGCCGCCGCCCCAUCGGACUAUAAGUGUGAGGGAGUGGAGAGUGUACCUGUGUUUGCGCACACACCCGUGCACUGUAAUCCUGUUCUGUGGAGAUGGCUAAUUUCUGUUGAGGGUCUCAACUUAAGACUGGCCGCCGUGACCGUCGAUCUGAAGAAUAUUAUUAUAGUAUAUACCUAUAUAUGCGUAGUAACGAGUGUCUCAGUAAGAGUGCACUUUUUAAAAUUGGAAUAUUUUUUUUUUCAUGCAAGUGGCAACUCUGAAAUUUGACAGCUGUCAUCUCUGUUUAUUCCCAUUAUUAAAAAUGGAGAGGUUUUCGAAAGACCAACGCGUUAUAAUUGUGAAAACUCAUUACAAAAAUGGGGAAAGUUACGCUGAAACCGCUCGCAAACUUCGCCAAAUUUUCAGCCGAGAAAGUGCACCCAAUGUGUCAACCAUUCAAAGAGUGGUUAAAAAAUUUGAAGAAACUGGUUCAAUUAUGGAUAAUAAGAAUCCUUUGCGUCAACGUACCGGUCGGUCUCUUGAAAACAUUGCUGCUGUAAACGAGAGUGUUGCCGAAAACCCGAAAACAUCAAUUCGACAUCGUUCUCAACAACUUCAAAUUUCACGAAGCACUACGCAGCGAAUUUUGACUAAAGACCUCCACCUUCAUGCGUACAAGAUUCAGUUAACUCAGGAGCUCAAACCAGCAGACCACGGAAAGCGCUGGCAAUUCGUUCAAUGGGUAAUGGAGCAAAGUGAAGUCGAUACCAAUUUUUCGGAAAAAGUUAUUUUCUCCGAUGAAGCGCAUUUUCAUUUGGAUGGCUUCGUGAAUACACAAAAUUGUCGAAUUUGGGACUCAGAAAAUCCUCAUGCAAUCCAUGAGAAACAAAUGCACCCACAACGAGUAACUGUCUGGUGCGGAUUUUGGUCAGGCGGCGUGAUUGGACCUUACUUUUUUGAAAAUGAGGCCGAAAUUGCAGUGACUGUGAACGGCAUUCGUUACAGGAAUAUGAUAACGGACUUCUUGUGGCCUCAACUAGACGGCAUGGAUCUGGACAACAUGUGGUUUCAGCAGGACGGCGCAACCUGCCACACCGCGCAUGAAACAAUCGACUUAUUACAGCAACGAUUUCCAGAACACAUUAUCUCACGAAACUCUGAUGUCAACUGGCCACCAAGAUCGUGUGAUUUAACGCCGUGCGAUUUUUUUCUUUGGGGUUUUGUGAAAUCUCGGGUUUAUGCGAAUAAACCCGAAACAAUUCCUGAGCUCAAAUCGGAAAUCCAACGCGUCAUCGGUGAGAUACAGCCACAUCUCUGUGCAAAAGUCAUGGAAAAUUUCAUGAAAAGAGUAAUGGCCUGUCAUCGGAGCCGUGGGGGUCAUUUGCCGGAUAUUUUAUUCCAUACUUAAUCGGAACAUGUCUUCUUUACAAUACAAUAAAAAUAUCACAACUCUGUC